AUGACAAAGAGAUUUAAACAAAUAGUAAAUGAAAUUAAUCAAUUGAGUAUUAACAACUUUAAUGAAAAAUCAGGAGUAUUAUAUAAAAUGUCAGUUAUCAAACAACGAAUUAAAGAUGUCAAUGAAGAGAUUCGAUAUCUCAAUGAAUGUUUAAAUACAUUAAAUGAAAAAGAUCAAUUAAAAAAUGAGUCAAGUGGAGCUGAUGAAGUAAUUUCUGGAAAUGAUGGAAAUAAUUCAGUGAUGAGUAAUUUAACAAAUGGAAUUGAAAGUCAAAGUAUUAGUCAAUCAACUUCAUUUAUUCUCUAUUGA